AUGGCGGGACCUCAACCCAAGCGACACAAUCGCGACAAGCAGCGCGCAACGGUAACGAAAGAUGGAGUUACUCAAAUGCCCAAGAAGAAGUUCUUCCGCCAGCGUGCGCAUGCCAAUCCCUUCUCCGACCACUUGCUAGAAUAUCCUACGUCUCCAGAUGAUAUGGACUGGUCCGAAUACUACCCGGACUAUGUUGAAAAGGACUCAUCAGAGAGUGAUUCUAAGUCCCAUCGCCUCACGAAGGAUGUUGAGAUCGUCGAUAUUGGGUGUGGGUUUGGAGGGCUUCUGGCUGCUCUGGCCCCCAUCCUGCCCGACACUCUCAUUCUCGGCCUUGAGAUUCGCACACAAGUGACGCAGUUCGUCCAAGAACGAAUACGGGCAUUGCGGUCGCAAAACUCGGACAACCUCUACCAGAACGUAGGCUGCAUCCGAGCCAACGCCAUGAAAUUCCUCCCCAACUUCUUCAAGAAGGGACAGCUCUCCAAGAUCUUCAUCUGCUUCCCCGACCCCCACUUCAAGGCUCGCAAGCACAAGGCUAGAAUCGUGUCGACGACGCUCAACUCGGAGUAUGCAUAUGCCCUCAGACCAGGCGGCAUUGUCUACACCAUCACCGACGUCGAAGCCCUGCACGAGUGGAUGGUGCAACACCUGGAUGCUCACCCCGCUUUCGAAAGAGUCUCUAAGGAGGACGAGGCAGCUGACCCGUGCGUCAAGGUCAUGACGGAUGAAACCGAGGAAGGGAAGAAGGUCUCGAGAAAUAAUGGCCAGAAAUACGAUGCGGCUUCAACCACUGCCCCGGCGAUGGCCCUCAAGCGAAGAGAUGCGGCUCUAGCAGGACUCGCCGCCUUCGUGGCCUGGGGGUACGCCGUCAACUGGCUCCCCGUGCUGCGCUGGGCCGGCCACGCCUUUGUCACCGGCGCCCUCGUCACCGUCGCCGCCCUCGUGGCCUCGCUUGUCCUCACUUCGCGACGCCCCCGCGACCGCACGCCACGGCCUCACGGCGCCGCCUUUCUCGGCUCGCAGGCCUGGCGCUCCGAGGUGCAGGCGCUGCGCAGACGACAGCUGUACACCCGAACCCCCGUCGAUCUCGACUCGCCCCGCGUCUCCUCGGCCGUCGACGGCUUCCUCGAUCUUAUACUCCGCGACUUCGUCGGCAGCUGGUACUCGCACAUCAGCCGCAACCCCACGUUCCCGAAUGAGGUCGACCACGCCAUCCGCCAGGCCCUCAUGGGCUUGCGCGACUCGCUGCGGGACAAGGACCUGGCUGAGAUUGUCACCAGCCGCUUGGUGCCCCUCUUGACCGCCCACUUCCGUGACUUCUGCGAGGCGGAGCGGUCGGUUCGAGGGAGGAAGCUCAACCGCUCCGUCACGGAAUCCGAGGAGUUGGACCUCGCUAUUGCGUCCAAGUUCCGUGAUGGCCGCCUACACCCUGCUGCGUCCCUGUCGUUCCCCGAUACCAAGAUGGUGCAGCAAGACUACCUCCGAUCGUUGGUUACCAAGAUUGUUCCCAAGCUGCUGCCCGAGAACAUGCUGGCCAGUCGAGCUGUAUCCAUCAUUAUACGUGAGAUCGUGAGCUGCGCCGUGCUCUUCCCAGUCUUCCAGCUCCUCUCCGAACCCGAUACCUGGAACCAGCUCAUGGAGAACUUUGGCCGCUCAAUGCUCCAGGACAGAUCGACUGUCCGCAAACUCCGAGCAGCUCUCGACCAGCACGCCUCCCCAGCGCCCAGAUCCGGCAAGCCAGCUUCGACACCUCGCAUUACCCCCGGCGACAGUGAGCGCAAGUUUGAAAAGUUCAUACGAGCCAUCCGCAAGGUCAAUAACCUGUCGGAUGCGCGCCGUUUCCGCUCUGAAGUCGCCAGUCAGCUCAAGCGCGAUUCCUUGCAAGACAACCAGGACCAGGUUUAUCUGCGUCGACUGGAGAUGGGAAAGCGCCUUCUUGACCAGAAAGUCAACCACCUGGCAGCUGGGGGCGACCGCCGUGCACCGAUGCCCGCCCCGUUGCCAGCAACCUCCUCCCAGUCAAGACUGGAGACGGCGUCCCUUGCCGAGUUGCUACGAGACUCUUCGGGACUGUCCUACUUCAUGGAGUACAUGGAUCGCCAGCGUCUUAUGCCUCUGGUACAGUUUUGGUUGGUUGUAGAUGGCUUCCGUAACCCACUGGAGGACGAUGGCCAGGAAGACGAACAGUUGCCGUCAACACUGCCCAUGUGGACCGAGUCUGAUCGACUGGAUCUUCAGCAGAUCGACCAAGCAUAUUUAUCUAAACCCGAACUCAAGAUUUCGGCUUCUUCAACGACAGAACUUAAGGAGUUCCUCAAAGCCGGCAAGUCUGCCACACCGGUACAAUACCACAGGGCCCGGAGAGCGAUUCUGAAAGCUCAAAGUGCUGUUCUGGAGGAGAUGCAAUCACGUUUCUUCCUGAGCUUUAAGAAGUCCGACCUUUAUUACAAAUGCCUUGCGGCUCAGGAAGCAUCCAGUUCCAACACAGUCCGACCGGUGCCACCACCAGAACACCGCCCUAUCGUGAAAGCCGCGCAGUCUUUUCAAGCGAAGCCUAGGCCAGUAUCGCGCCUUGCCCCCCGGCGAUCUAGUCCUCUAGGUAGACGAUCUGGUUCAGCGUCUGAUUUGAGAUCUGCCAAUGUUAAUGGCAACGGAGCUGAUCCUCUAUCUCGACCCCGUCGGUCACUUGAUGAUGAACCACCGAACCCGCUAUUUGACGAUGAUGAACUGGAGCAUGAUGGUCUGGUUGAUUCCGUACAGAGUCUCGACCAAGAGCCCGCUGGAGAACAGCCUCCGGAUACCCAGGUUGUCCAAGCAGUGGAGAAGGCUCUAAACAACAUUAUGGAGGACGAUCGACCCUUGACCGCUGAAGACCUCCGCGCCUCUCUAUUUGAGGGCCCCGUUGCCCCUGUCGAAGACAACGCGAGCAUCUUUUCCGGGAACGAUAACGAUUCCCAUCGAGGCUCGAUAGACAGCGGGAUAAAACCUUUUCUACUUGGCAAGGAGAUUGACAAACCAAGUCUUUCAUCUCUUGGCCUGGUGAGUGCGGCGUCAAGAAUUGGCGUGUUUAUCGACGAUGAUCUUUUUGGCGACGAAGACAAGUACGCUGGAGAGGAGGUGGAGGAUGGAAUGCCACUGGAUGACGACGACGAGGUACAUGAGGCUGCCCCAGGCGAUCUUGGGUUAGCAGAAGCUAUUACUGCUCUAACGAAUGACAUCGACCGCCUAGUGGCUCAGGAGGCGGUCGUCGAAUCCCUUACAAGGAAAGCAGAGUUGACCAACAACACUGCCGAGCUACGAAUUUUGAGAAAAUCCAAGGCCAGUCUCCAGAGAGAAAUCCGGCGGAAAGAGCUCCAACGACAGCAAUAUGUCGUCCAAGAGAGCGACAACAGUCUUUAUGGUCGUUCUACAAUCAGGAUCAAGUCGAUUCAAGUCGGAAGGGAGGAGGAUGGCAGAGAAUUUGCCCUUUACGCUGUCGAAGUGCAGAGAAAUGCUGGAGAGCAAAUGCCGGCAGCGUCAUGGGCGAUUUCAAGACGAUAUAGCGAGUUCCAUGAACUGCACCAGAAGCUACGAUCCAGAUACCCUUCGGUACGAAACCUCGACUUUCCUCGACGGCGCAUGGUCAUGAAGUUCCAGAGCGAAUUUCUACGCAAGCGACGAGAAGCACUGGAAAAGUACAUGCGGGAACUGCUGCUGUUGCCCGAGGUCUGCCGUAGUAGAGAUCUGCGGGCUUUCUUAUCCCAACGUGUCAUCGCAGAAGGCCAAGACCUGAUGGACCGCGAGGACAAGAAAGACAUGAUGACGCGACUGUACGAUUCAGUCACGGAUGGUGUUGAGGACAUACUGGGGAACAUCCCGGUGUUGGACCAGAUCUCCGUUGCUGGACAAAACUUGAUCGCGGCUGCUACGAGCCAGCUCAACACAGUGCCACUCAACGACAGCGAGGAAGCCUUCCCUGCGGCCGAAGCCGAAGCGGAACUGAACGCCUUUGAGAAUAAAGAACUCGAGCCGUUUAUCAAGCCCAUCUGCGACAUCUUCUUGGAAGUGUUUGAGCUGAACAAGGGAAACAACUGGCUCCGAGGACGAGCAGUGGUUGUGGUUCUUCAGCAGCUCUUGGGUGGUACUAUCGAGAGAAAAGUGCGCGACAACGUCAAGAUGCUUGUGCAGGAGGAUUCGCUUCUGCGAUACAUUGGCAUGGUGCAGGACAGCAUGUGGCCAGGGGGGCAGCUCCAGCGAGAUCGCAAACCACGGACAGCAGCGGAGAAGAAGAAGACGCGGACAGAGGCUAGUUUGAUGCUGGCGACCCUCGUACCAGACCUAGCAGGGAGUGUGGUCGGGAGAGUAAAUGCGCAGGCAGCGAGUCGACGAAUAUUUGCGACGUUAAACAAUUCAAGGCUCAAGUAA